AAAACAUGGGGCUCACAGUCCAGCAGUAGACUCACUUCUCAACAUCUUUGGAGAGGAUAAACACAGCAGCAAAGACAGUCAGGUCCAGUCACAGCCGGAGUUCAAGACUGCAGCUCUAAUUUAACAAAAGUUCAGUGAAACCAUCCAGGACAAACAUGAAUAGUUCAGUCCCAACCGUUCUAUUGCUGCUCUGCAUCACUGCUUGCAUUCUCCAGGAGAAGGGUGAUGUUGCUGCACAACGAUGCCGCUGUAUUGCUCUGAGCAGAAGUUUGACCAGGGCCACUGUCGCUCGCAUCGUCUCUGUCAAGACAUCACCGCCUAAUCCAUUCUGCGACAAGACAGAGAUCAUUGUGAUACUGAAAGACGGGAUCUCAAGGUGUCUGGACCCAUCAACAGAUUUCACAAAAAGACUCCUGCAAAAGAUAAGUGAAAAGCAGAAGUCUUCAAGCUCUGUGCAGAUGACGACCACCAGCCCGAGCUCCACCUUAGCCACAGCUGCAUAUCAUCUGAUGGAUGUGAAGGGUGAUGCUGUUGCAAAACGGUGCCGCUGUAUUAAUCUGAGCCAAAGUUUGACGAGGGCCACUGCCGCCCGUAUCACCUUUAUCAAGACAUCACCGCCUAAUCGAUUCUGCAGCAAGACAGAGGUCAUUGCGAUACUGAGAGACGGGACCUCAAAGUGUCUGGACCCAUCAUCAAAUUUCACAAAAAGACUCCUGCAAAAGCUAAGUGAAAGGCAGAAGUCUUCAAGCUCUGUGCAGAUGACGACCACCAGCCCGAACUCCACCUUAGCCACAGCUGCAUAUCAUCUGAUGGAUGAUGAGGACUAUGAACUAUGGCUAUGAAAAAUGUAUUUGUUUGUGCAGCAUGUGUGCUUUGUCGAUCAUUUCAAUGAGUUUGCAGCCACAUUAACGUUGUAAGUGCCAUGUAAAAAUACCGCCGACAAAUAAUUGUAUCGUUUAUUGAUUAAG